AUGAAGAUGCCAGAGCAGCAGGGAGCCAACUGGGAUCCAGCUGAACACUGAGGAAUCUUCUUGUCAGGCUAGCCAGGUAGUGGGAGCUUGAAGGGAAAACCAGCUGCCAGGUUGGGUGGUUGCUACAAGAUGAAAGCCCUGGAUGGUUUAGGAGACUCCCUGUCCCCAAGCCUGGACUUCCAGCUCUAUCAAGAUGACCAGGUCUGCUCAGCUGACUUGUCUCAGCCACUUCCAGACACAAUGGAUGUUCACGAUUUACCCUGGAGCGAGACGAUGUGCCCCUUACCAUUGGCAUCAGUUAAGUCUCCCUUGCUGGCCUGCCCAGAAGGCCUGGACCUAUGCCUGUGUGCCCUGCAGAAGACACCUCUAGGCAGAGCCCCACAGGAUCUCAGAGAGAACACCUCAAACAUUAGACACCGGUCACCAAGCCUGUACAAACCCUCUACUGACAGCGAGAAACUCACAAUCAAAGACUCACCAAACAGAGAGGACAUGGGAAACCAUCCAGAAAGAGGCACCUACCCACCCCUCCCUUUUCAUACCAGCUCCUUCCCAGAUGCUGGGCUGGACAGAAAGAUCCUUAGUCCCUUGACCUCCUGGCCCUGGCUUCCUCCCACUCUGCUCUCCAGGGAAUCCCCUAUCCACAUCUUUCCCACCUUCCCUGGGUACUCACUUCUGCCUCUCCCUUACCUAUUCACUUAUGGGGCCCUACCUUCCGCCCAGUGUCCGCACCUCUUCAUGCUGCCUCCAGACUCUGCAUACUCCUCCAUGGCUGCAUCUGGUUUGCUUAUGACAGCCAAUGGGUCCGGACCCGGUAUCCCCCCAGAGAGGACCCUGCUUCUCUACCCCGGAGCUUUCCAGAGUGCCAGACACACCCAACACUCCCAGGUUGGGAGUCGGAGCUGUAGAGAUGCCUUGACCCCAGGAGAAGCUGGUGUGGCAGCUCUGGCAAGGCGGGCUGUGCCAGGCUCCCGGGCAGGUGUCAUAGCCCUGCCCUACCCUCUGAAGAAAGAGAAUGGUAAAAUCUUAUACGAGUGUAACGUGUGUGGCAAGAACUUUGGGCAGCUCUCCAACCUCAAGGUUCACCUGCGUAUACACAGUGGGGAGCGGCCAUUCCAGUGUGCCCUGUGUCAGAAGCGCUUCACCCAGCUGGCCCACCUGCAAAAGCACCACCUGGUGCACACUGGGGAGCGGCCCCACCAGUGCCAGGUGUGCCACAGGCGAUUCAGCAGCUCCAGUAACCUCAAGACCCACCUUCGCCUGCACGCUGGUGCCAGGCCCUUCCAGUGCAGCCUCUGUCCAAGUCACCUCACCCGGAAUGUCAACCCAAGGCUGCGCCCCAGACUGCAGGCACCUCAGCUUCGUGGCCUGGCCCAUACCCACCAGCCUCUCUCCUCUCUCACCUGCCUUGCCCAGUGGCACCAAGGAGCACUAGACCUUGUGGACGAGAAGAAGAUGGGCUGGAAUGGGGACAAGGUGUCCUUGGAAUCCAAGGGAAAGCAGGGGCAGCCAGCAUGAGCAACGGUGCCUGGGAUUUCUCUCUGGGAGCAGAGUGUUGGCAGUUAAAAGAUGGUCUCAGUGCUGAGUCAAGGCCUCCUGAGUGUCUCCAGUGGAAGGGAAUGUCCCUGCCAGAUCCCACUUGUCACCUGGAAGUGGCAAGGCACACAGCCCGUGUAGGGGUGGGUCUAUGCAGCCAUCUGCCUCAGGCUGGGUGUGGGUUCCAUUCUCUUUCUAUGACCUAUCUGGAACUGAGCGCUUUAUCUCAACUCACCAGUGGACAGCGCUACCUUUCAGGACUGGAUGAAGGCAGAGUGUGCUCAGCGGGAGGAGGGGCACUGGAGUCAGGAGGACUCAGCCUCAGCCAUGGGGUUAUUAUCAGCCACUUUAGUUACCUGGUCUGAUGGACUGAGCAUCUUGAGGUAACUGGAGAAUGAAGCAAUGAAGAUUUGUGUGUUGGCCAAUCACAGGACGUGUUUUGUUCCUUCCGGAGCACCUUUCCCAACACCUCCGAUUGUCCUGUGGGUUCCUGCCUACCACUUUCUAAUUGCAGUUCCUUCUUAGUCAAAGUAGAGGUCAGCUGGUAUUACCUCCUAGGAUCGGGUGGGAUGCAAUUCUCUCCGGGAUGGAGGUGAAAAAAAGAGCUAUCCCCUGUCUGGGCUGGAGAGAUGGCUCGGCGGUUAAGAGCACUGACUGCUCUUGCAGAGGUCCUGAGUUCAAUUCCCUGCAACC